AUGGAACCAAAGCUUGUAAAAAGAAGAAGUUUAUCUGCUGUUCCGAUUAUAACUGUUCCUCCCCAAUACAAAGAAGUAACUAAGGGAACUGAAAGACCUCGACCAGGCAGCCGAGUGAUGUUCUUGGACGAAAAUGGCAACGAAAUCGUUGACGAAGAGAGCAAGGAUCCUUACCGGGGACAUGUCAAGGGGUUUUCCAAGGAAGGACGGCUAUUACCUAGCAGCGCUACGCUCCAUUUGAGAAGAAGAAGCACUUCUCUCGACGCCGCAAGGUUCACGGCUUGGUACAACAGCAGAAGGAAUAGUAGCUUACGGCGAGAUCAGUUUUUACAGUCAUUUGGUAAAGCCAGCAUUAGAUACCCAAACUUAAAUGAUGAAGAUAUAAUGGAAACUACGGCUCAUGUGGCGACAAGGAUAGACGUUUCUGCAUUUGAGGCAGAAACUCUUGACGGUGAUGUUCUCGAUUGCAGAAAAAGGUCUCAAUCUGCUGGACCGAUUUUGCAUCGCCCGUCCUCCAGCAUGAAAAGUGAAUUAAACGCGCACAAAAAUGUGCUUGAAAUUCGCGGUACGGAAUACACGGGCGAUCUACCAGAACUCGCCGACUUAACAGCUAAGAUCAGACAGCAAUCUGCGAAACGACGCAUCAAACGUAUCAUGGAAGCGGACAAGGAGAAAGCUGAACAAGAAAGACUAAGUAGAGAGGAGGAGGAGAGGCGCAAGGCUGAGGCACUCAAAACCAGAAGACGGACGCUCAAAAGCGCCACGUUCGCUGUCAUGGCUAUGAACGUUUCAGCCGCAGGAUUUAACUUUAAGAGUUUUACAGAGAAGAAAAAAUGGCUGGCUGAGAAGAGAUCGUGGACCAAGCAAAUUGUAAGUAAACUGGAAACAACAUUUUUUUUUAAUCGACAAAAGGCUGCUCUUCACGAAGCUAAUUUAAUUAAUACUGCUUUUUAACAAUCUAAUUUAUAUUUUUUGAAAUCCAAUAACAAUUUAAUUUCAUUCUCAACUUUAAUUUUUCUUUAACGCUCGCAUUUUGCAAUAACAGUUUUAAGAGUAGAUUUUAUGUCAACUAUAUUACUUGAAUUCAGUCCAUCCUAGUCCAUCCUAGACCUGAUAAAGGUGUAAUGGUUAUUUCUUGUCAUUGAUUACAGCAGUGGAGAGUGUCGAAAAAAGAAAAGAGAAAAAGGCCCCGCCCUGCUUUUCUAUCAUAAUGGCCGGGACAUAUCAUCCUCUGCGCAUAGCAUUUUGUUGUAGAAUAGCUCUUGAUAUAUCAAUUUUUUAGGAGGAAGUGAAGCUCGGCAACUGAUUUGUUCGCUUCACUGAGUUACUGUUAAAGGCCGCCCGAUAAACUCCCGUUAGUAACCCCCCUUUAUUUUUCUGUCGUAGUUAGCCCUAAGAUCAAGCAUCAAAAACUUUUUUGGGUGGUUUUUGCUUGCUCUAUUACUUCCAAUACCUUGCUGGGUCCGAUCAAUUGUGUCAUAAAAUAUCUUCCUUUUCAUAGGCAAAGUCCAAGUUUAGUUGGGCUAUUCGGGUGGUGAUGGUUCUUGGAAGAGUCCUCAAGGCUCUGAUGUCAUACUCCGCUGACAUGACACCGGAGACCGCGGCACAGAGGUCAUUUCGGACAUUGAGAGAUAAUUCUGAAGUUAAGGAGAUGUUAUUCAACAAGUCAUUGUACCAGAGAGGAAAAUCAGUAAGAAUAUACGUAUUGUUUUCUGACAGUGGCGACCGAAUACAGUAUCUCCCAGUAAAUUGCACCACACAGAACUUGCAUCAGUUUCUUUUAAUAAUAAAUAUUAAAUGUAUAAGGAAGUAUGAAUACAUAGUUUUUUGGCCCAAAUGCCCAAUACUUUAGACAACUACGGAGAAGUAAUAUAUUGAAAGAAUCGCAUGAAAGGUCCAAUGAAUGGAAAUAUGACUUCAGUUCUUCACUAAAACUGAAAUCCGUAGAAAACAUAAAUCGUCCUUAAAAAAAGAUCGAUCGCCCAAGGACAUUUAACAGGAGCACCGGCCCAAGACUGUUUCCUCCUAAAUGCAUUGAAAACUGACUUCUUAGGCUAUCCAGAGCACUUUCAGAUCUCCAGAAAUGCAUUCCAAGCAGCGCUAUAAAAUUUUAAUCUGUUCGGUCUUCAGAGGGCAACUUGCAGUCUUUUCGAAGUGCAAGGGCUUCAGUAGUAUUUUCCCGAAAAUUUUAGGCGCACUUUAAAGUAUUACAAAAGUAAGAAUUUUUCAGAUUCCUCUCUCCAUAGCAUUUUCGAAUCCGAAAAUUUUAGAUUUCUUUUUUCCACGAAAAAUAGCUUAACCUGGAGGUGAAAUGCGAAAAAUUAAACUUAAGAAAAUCUUAGGGAAUUUGUUAAGUAAACUUCGAAAAUUGUACAUGAAUGGAACGGUCACCAGAAACUUUUAGCCUUCCUCCAGCUAUAGAAAAUUCCAGGCAAUUUUUGCUUCUCCGAAAAGAUAUUUAGCAGAAAACAGUCGUUGGUUGUCCCUGAUUUGAGGCAUAGGUCAUAUCAUAUCAUGUAUAUUGUAAAGGUAACUUCAUUCUAGGUCCCGUAUUGUUUUCCCCGGUAGCGGUUGUUACCUGCAUGUUUAGCUUCAGUCAAACUUUCGAUUUCUCAACAUUUUUGAGGAAGUGUUGUGAAACUUUCUUUCCUCUAUCGUCACCUGUUUUUUUUUAUGGGCGUUCAAUGUUUUGCAAUUUUUGUUCACUGACCGAAACUUUUCUGUAUCGUAUUUCCCCCACAGCAAUACGCUUAUGUUCCCUCGUGGGCCAAGAAGAUCUUAGACAAACCAGCAAUGGAAAGGAGCGAGAACGAGUUGAGUCAGUUACACUCCAUGCUUAGAGGACUGGCAUCAUAUGAUAAAUUUACCUACCGCAUUCAGUUGGCUAUGUGCAGAGCAAUGACAUAUACCAAGUAAGGCUAAACUACAAAACUGAGCUAUCACAACAACAACAAAACUGACUGGAGGGAUGUUAUCGCUUCUUCUAUUUGAGGCUAACUGCAAGGAAAACUAGGUCAAAUUUUGUUCCCCUAAAAUUAAUCUAUAAUAGUGCAAUUUGAGAAAAAGAGAUAUAGUCAUUUCGAGGUCCCGCCAGCAUUGAGCUUUUUCUGAUUCAUUGCUUUCCAGUUUGUAUAAGGCCCCUUCCCGAGGGGCUACCCAACGAUAUAGGAAGGCUCUGCCCCGAGUUCCAACCUCUUACCCUUUUAUAUGCCAUUUUUGAUAGAAAAGAACGCUGCACCCCUUUUAACUGCUGAGAAUACAGUCUUUAAAAUAUGAAUAAAUCACUAUAACGGGUAGUUUUUUGUGUUUUUUUUUUUUUUUUUUCACAACCCUAGAAUGCGUCUGUUAGCCUUUUUGGUCCUUUUACAGAUCGAAGUAGCAGAUUUCCUUACCCUGACACAUACUUUAACUCUUGGGAUCCCUAUCCUUUAAUAUACCUGCAGCCUGAAAAAGAUACUCCUUUCAAGCGGAGCCUCUCCGUAUAUGACGUUACAGGAAGUACCGUCCCCUCAACCCACCUCCACCGGGGAUGAGGCCUUUACGAGCAGGGCUCUAUUAGGUAAUAAUGAUUCAAUGCCAUCAUGUAUAAUAUUUCCCUGCAGAGUGGAGCACCCCCGCGUAAUAUUGCGCAAAGGACAUACGGGGGUGAGUUUCUAUUUCAUCUUCUCUGGCUCUGUGUUUGUGAACGUCGAGGAACUUUUACUUAAGACUGGUCACGUGAUGUGGCACACAGCAAUCACGCUACAAAGAGGGGAUAGUUUUGGGGUAAGCGCUUUCAAAGUACAUAUUAGAGAGAUUAAGAAUUACGUUUACGCAGGAGCCCAUCAAAUGGGCUCCUGGUUUACGGCAAACCGCAAACUUCAGAUUCAAGUUGAUAUUCAGAUUAGGAAAAUGAGUAAAUACAAAUUGUCCAAAAUGACAAUACCUUUUCCUUAUGUCAUAUAAAGAAAAGUAAACGACUCUGAAACGAAGAGUGGAGGGAAAACUUGAUCACACAAGUGAUACAAAUUAACGUUUACUGUUUUGCCAUACAAGUGAUUCUAAAUCUCUAUAUUCAUGAGGAUCACUGUUAUCAAUAGAUCUCUCGAUAGAUAGCAAAAGUUCAAAGGCAAUCGAUGCCAUGCCUGUGGACGAAACGUGCAACAGGUGGUAAAACCAUUUGUGUUCAUUUAUUUACAUCCGCUUUCAGAAUAUUUUCACGGUAUAGUCACGUGUCCACGUCCAGGAUAUACGGGCUUGGUUGUUCUUGUUUUUAAAAAAAUGGCAAUUUCAUGUCACGUUCAACAAUAGAAACUUGCAAUACGUCAAUUAUUUCUUUCCAAAGGUUGCAUAAGCUCUUGCAUAAUUUGCCUUAUCUAUGUUUCCUAAAGGAGCUUGCUCUUCUAAGAAAUAUCAAAAGAACGGCUUCAGUUGUGGUGAGAGAGGACGCCGAACUUCUUGUCGUUGAAAAAGACGUGUUCUCCAAAACAUGUCCCAAAAUUUUUGACAAGGAGCUUGUAGACAAGAUCAAAUUUUGCAAGUAAGUGGUAACAAAAGCGUUUAUCAUUUUAUGAAAGUAGUUUUAUAAUCAGCUUCAAAUUCGCAUUUUUUGUCAGUUUUUCAAAGAGCCCAAGUGUUUUAAGCCUUCGAAUUUGUUAUAGACAUCAAGUUUUCCAUUUGCUAGUAGGAACAAGUUUGUUUCAGUCAUGAAACUUAAAAUUAAAAUUCGAAGCGUUUGAUCGAACAAAAGGGUUAUAUACCGUCACGUGAUUUUACGCUCCUGCUGACAUCACAUAUCGUACUUCGUCAAAUGGGGGUACAUUUGCACAUUAAAUAUGUAAAGGUUUUCGAGGUUAAAAUCAUCUUAGAUCCCAGUUAACAUAACCCCGCCCUUUAAGGUGUUAUCCAUUGGUACAUUUGUUAAGUCACAUGACCUGUUUGACUUAAAUGACCGCUUCUGAUGACUCACGGACAUUAUCAAAAGGCACCAAAGCCAAUACAGUUUGAACAAGUAUUCCCCAUUUUCGUUACAAGUCGACUGUGAGACACGUCACUUGGAUUAUCAAAGAAAAAAUAUCAAAAGUAUGCAAGCAGGAAUAGGAAGUUACUUAUCAAGUUUUACAAAAAUGAGAGAAAUAGUUCCACUUGAAAUCCACUAAAUCUGUGGUUUACAAGCUUUAUAUUGAUACACACAAGAAUUUGACUACUGUCAGUAACAACAACCGGCACCGUACGAACGACUUCUUGACGGGAUCAAGUAAAACUAACUACGAGAGAACGACUACAUGGACAACUGACAAUUCGACUGACAAUUAACGACUGUUUAACUGUGACAACAGACGGAUCGAACUGAACGCACCAAUGACAUAACAUAUGACAUGAGUCGUAACAUCACGGCUUAACUGAAAGACGACCAAUAACAUCGCGAGUUAAUUGACCAAUCAGAUCAAUAGCCAGAGUUUAAUACCGUUAACUGACUUAAUACAACUCACUAUGUCUCUGAAGAUGACUACCGCAGAGGUUGUUGAAACGUUAGUCACUGUCAACAACGGUUCUAUUCAGGACUACGUUCACCUGGACGACCAUACUCAACCUCUUAUGAAAUGACUCCUGGGUUCAAAACUUUCACAGUAACAAGGAUAUUGCUAACAUGGUUUCCAACAGGAUCCAGUUUAAUUAAAGCCAAUUCUUGACUUCUUUCUUUGCGCACGUAGUAAGGGCUGCCUCGACGCCCUUCUUAGGGACCUUCCCGAUAAAGGCGAUGAGGUUGGAUAAAACUAAGCGUGUUUUCAAGUAAAUCCCUAAGAAAACAAAGUCAAAUAUUCUCUUAAGGAGCAACAAAUACUGAUUCCUGUCAAUUGGUUUUCUAGGAGUUUGUCUUUGUUUCGACAGUGGACUGAUGAUGCCCUUAAAAAUGUUUGUAUUGAGGCACAAAUUCAGGAGGUAAGAAAAGUAGUUCACAUAUACUCGGUUAUGGGAAACUAGUGUAGUGAAAGAGGUGUUGGGUUUCAGUUCUGAUUGUUGGGGAUAAAAAAAAAAGGUCCACUUAACCCUGUAUUGUCCCUUUCUACCUUCUUGCCAACUUACAUGCUACUCUUACCAUUUAGUCCUAUGGCUGACUGGUUAAUCUUUUGUCUUUUCAGUGGAAGGCAAAUAAAAUUAUUGUAAAAGACAGCAGCAAAGAGGUGGAAUGGAUUAACCUUUGCAUGCAAGUAAGUUUUGCGUUGACUCAUGUGUUGAUGAUGAUCUGUUCCGAUUUUAAAGAUGUAUUUAUCGAUACAAAACUAUGCCAUGCAAAUCCAGCAGUCAAUUUUUGUAGUCAUACAUAUAUGAAGGAGGGAGCUAAACUUGGUGGUAAAAUAAAUAAGGAUUGAGUUACAUAAUAACAAUAAAUUAAUAAAUGAAGAAUGCAAGAUCUUCAACUUUCGAAGCCAGCCAGUAAGUCAGGCAGCCAGUCAGUUGGUCAGCCAGUCAAUCAGCCAGCCAGGCAAUCAGUCAGUCAGUCAGUCAACCAGUCAGCCAGCCAUUUGGUAAGUCCGUCAGUCAGUUAGUUAGUCAGCCAGCCAGCCAGUCAACCAGUCAGCCAGCCAUUUGGUAAGUCCGUCAGUCAGUCAGACUGUCAUUCAGUCAGUCAAUCAGUCAGUCAGACAGUGAGACAGUCAGUCAGUCAAUCGAAUUGGCAUUAUUACAAUGUUAUUUGUCUUUUCAAGGGGAAGUGUUCAGUUAUUAAAGCACUUGAUCUGCGAGCUCAACUCAAGCUGCCUCGACCAAGACGAGCUACCAAUGAAGAAUAUUUUCCAAUGGGUCUAAUCGGAAGGAAGCGAAGAACUCAGUCUGACACGUCGAAAAUCUGGCUCAGAGAGUUGGAGGAGAGCUUGAAGACACCCUACAGCUUUAACGACAGUAAUAAAGUGGAUGAGCAUCGAGAUGAAAAUGAAAGGUAAAACGAGAAAAUAUACUACGAUACAGUACUAUACUAUAAAGAAAUAGGGCAUGUCACACAUAUUAAAUUGACUCCUGAGGUCAAAAAGAGAAGGGAAAAUUUGUCGUGGCAUGUUCACGUCCUCCAUAAAACGUCGCAUUAGGAGGUUUCACGUCGUAGUCGUGCAGUUGACGUCAAAGAAAUAUACCAAAAAGCCUUUUGCAAGUGCAGAGCAGUUUUUUGCUCAAAAAACAACUUUUUUAACGUUGUCAUUGUCGUCGUCGUAGCGCGUGGUUGCUUGAGUUCCCUAGUAUAAUACCGACUUGAAAGCGUAUUACGAUCGGUACUACCUCGCUGCAAUCCAGACCAACACAACAGCAAUAUGAGCACCAUUCAUGCGAUACAUGAACGCAAUGUAAAAUGACACAGUGCUGAUAAGCAUAUAGCAGAUUAAUAUGUUUGAUUGACUUUUGUUGAUUUUAAAGUAAAUCAACCACGAGAAAUGACAUGUCAACAGAAAUAUACUAUGGCAUUAUUGUUGACUUCAUUCUAUAUGUACAGGAAUACCUGGUCUGAAUCUGAAUACGAGUCAUCAGACGAUGAAAAAAACGGUGCCGAGAAGAUUCUAGAGGCGAUGGACCUUCCAUAUAAGGAUCAACCGCACGCCAAGGGAGAUUCGAGUUACAUCCUUAAUGAAGAUGACGAGGACGAGGAGGAAGAAGAAGAACCAAAACAGACCGAGGCCGCAGAAAUCCUUCCUGCUGAGCUGGAGAAAAGGGACAAUAAUAUAUUCGAGGAUUUUUCUGAACUGAUUAAAAUUGAGUCCAGAGCCGGAAAAUUAAAUAAAGACGUGGUAUAUCUAAACAUUGCUUCGAUGAAAAGUGGCGAUAUCUUUGUAAGUACUAACAGUCAAACACACCGUAAUUUUUUGGGAGUUAUUAUAACUCCAAAAAUGAAGUAAAAAUUUUAAGUACAGGAUAACCCCUUUUUUGGGUUUAUUUUAACUCCUAAUUGAACUCCAAAUUUGGGGUCAAUUUUACUCCUGAAAACGAGUUCUUUUUACUCCCAGUCUGGAGUUAAAAUAACUCUGAAAUGGGGUUACUCAGUUUUACUCCUUACAUGGGUUGUUUUUACUCUUUUUUGGAGUUAAUUUAACUCUGAAAGUGGAGUAAAAAUUUUAGGUGCAGGAUAACUCCUUUUUUGGGGUUAUUUUAACUCCUCAAUAUCUGGGGUCACUUUCACCCUGAAAAAAAGUUCUUUAAACUCCUUUUUGGAGUUAAAAUAACUCCCCCCAAAAUAACUCCACUGUAAGGAGUUAAAUCAGCCCCACUAGAGGAGUUAUUAUAACUCCUUGAAAAUUACUGUGCCGAAAUGUUAAAAAAGCCAAUAUAUAGAUUUAGCCGGGGCUAAAAGCGAAGCUCUCGUAAAUAUAUAUCUUAUAGUUUAUAAUUACUCAAGUAAACGUGUAAUGCUAAAUGACCACGUCAACGAGAACGGCCAAAAAAUUAAUAGGUAUAAUUAGCACAAAAACAGCUUUGCAUGUGCAGCUCACUUUUUUGUACAUUUCUUUGCCUUUUUUUGCACCACAACAACGUCAAACUUCCUAGUUACAUGUUUUAUAGAGGAAAUGUCGUAUAUAUUCCUGCUUGCCUUUUUUUCCCCUGCGGCUCAUUUUUACCUCGGUGGCUUCUAGAAUUUCUCAUUUUCUCACUUUCAUUUUUUGUUCCAACGAAAUUCGUCUCUUUUGAUUUUUAUCUCUUGUUCUGGCUCUUUCUCUGUUAUCCACGUCCAUGUCAUAGUAAUGUGACAUUUGACAUCGACUUACGUAAGGACGAACGUACGGACGGUCACGUGAUCACCAAAUUUUCACGAGUCUAUAGGUUACCAUUUUCUUACCCAUGGUGCUGCUCCUAAUCAGGAAGUCGAAAAGUGAAACAUCUUUAACGUACGACUACUAGUUUCGGUUAACAGUUUGUUAACCCACCGGGGGCAGAAAUGCGCAGAGCUUGGGUUCCACUGUAUCACCAUGGCAGUCGGCUAUAGGUUUAAGCUUGGAGUGGCUUUUACUUCUAUUAAUGUUUUGUACCUCAUGAUCUUUGGCUAGCUAAUAACUGAUAGGGGUCCAGACUGUAUGUGCCUGCUGAAAGGAUCCAACGUGUCGCCGGAUCCCGUGCCGUCAUUGUUAUAUGACCAAAAAGUUUUAAUCUGUUAAAAUCUGAUCCAAUAUCGUCCAACAAAAUUCAACAGCGUCAAACAAGGUGUUUAAAACGGACCUAACACGGUAUCCAAGAGUGUUAAAUCGUAAAGUUGGACUACAUUACGUGGGAUCAGCUUAAACGAUAACACAUAUCAGUAAAAUCCAACAAGAGGUCUGUUAUCAAUGCUUCGUUCUGAUUGGUUGAGCUACUACUAAGCUAUAUGUUAUAGCCCACUAGUAGCGAAAAGCACGGGCUUUUUGGCGGCAAAAAGGAUUAAAGUCUAGCUUAAACUAGCUAAAAGUUUUUUAUUUUCGAUAUUUUUGACCAACUAGUUAGAUUUUUCUAAAAAAAAUUCGGUCUUCGGCCUCAUGGGCUAUUGACUCAGAGCCCAUUCGGGCUCGAGGAAUAAUUGUUAAAUAGGCUGACUUAGCAACAGAAUGGGAACGUCUGUUGACGACUGCGCGCGCAAAUCAAACAACUGGAUUGACUCUAUGGCAGAGUGGCAAAUUGGGUACCGGAAGUCGCGUUUAGUCCUUUCCGCGCCCUUACCUGUCGUCAAAUGACGUUCCCGUCCUGUUGCUAAAUCAGCCUACCGAGGUUACUAGGACGCGCAUUUAUUAUUUGAGUUUUGAGAACACUGCUAAUUAUUAGGAGGUGGAGCAUGAUCGUGCAGGUAAGCGUGGUCCUGAAUAUAGGGUUGUUAUUGAUAGUGACUGGCGUUUCAGAGUCAAAGUGUAUCAGUUGAUGAAUGAUGAACGAUGAUGUUGACGAAGACGAUGUCCGUCGUGAUAAUGGAAAUUAUGAUAAUUAUGAUAAUUAUGAAUUUCAUUUGCAGGAUGUAUCACAGGUUCUCAGACCAACAGGGCGAAAGUUGAUGUUGGUCAGCAAGGGAGCAGUCAUGUUGCGAAUAAAACGAGACGACUUCUUCCGGUACUCUACCAAACAUACACUGAGGCAGGCCAGGAAAGCAGUGCAAGAACUUGAGUAAGACAACGCAGAUUACGUUUAACAAAAAAUCACUGCAUCAGAAAAAAUUAGUAACAGCAACUUGCAGCGAGGAAAUAUUACAGACGCGGGUUCUAGCAGUAUCGGCCCGACAAGAGGGGGGUAGUGGUAUACUGACAUACCAAUUUUCUCCUCAUGAGAUGCCAAUUUACCUUAAAAUUGAAAAAUCUUUGAUACCGAAUACCUAAAAUUGCCUUGCAAAACAACAGAACACAAUGAACCUAAAAAUGAGUUGUCUAGUUACUGAGAAAGAACACACCCAAAUACAAAGUAAAACUUUUGCAAUCGCUCAAGAGCUUUUUCCAUUUUCUCCUGGACACUAAAAAUUGUACAAAUCUCUCGUCUAAAUGCCAAAACUUCAGGAAAACGAGAUACUCUAUGCCGUUGCGAUACUAGAAUACUGUAUAGCUGAAUAAUUAAAAAAGACCUUGUAUACCCUAAUGCUCUAACCCCCAGCUGGCGGGGCUUCAUAUGUAGUACUUAAGUCGCAUGUACUAUUAAACAGUAGAAUUAAUUUUUGAUACAAACUCUUGCUCGGCUGAUUACUAUUCAUUAACUUUGAUACAGAUCUGUACUCUCUGUGCUUUAAAAUGUUCUUGAUGUUUUUUUAUUUAUUAUUAUUUCAGCUAUCCACCAGAAGAAAUAAUUUACCGCUCGUACAACGAGCGUUGCGCCUGGGAAAAGCUUAAAAGCACACAGCUACAAUCAGUAAUGAACUCUGUACAAGAGAAAUGUAUACGCCAUAACAUUUCAUUUACUGAAAGCACAUCAGAAGUCAAGAGACCGCUGACACCUGCUAGAGUCGAUAGCGCCUGCCCAUCAAGACUUGAGAAAUUCGAUCAAUACUUGUCAUUCGUGUACGGUAGCCAUAAAGUUCCAGAGGGGGGGCCUACUUCAACCUCAUCUGUAACUAAGACUUGCAGUGCUUUGCAGAACUGCGCCACCAAGGAGAAAAACUGCACGUUAAGUCAUCAACAAGAUGAAAGAAAAAGUGUGACAUUUGCUUUUGGUACUACGGAGAAAUCGGAGUGA